GGCAACAAGCCACUAGCGCAAGUUGGAGAUGCUCUCACUUGGCUUAUUACUCUUGACGAUUGUUUUCAUGAGAGAAAAACCACUGGGCAAAGCGAGAAGAUGUGCCAAAAAGAGCUUUCCAAUUGUGCUCUGCAAGACGUUCAGCAAAAUUGUCGCUUGACACCUCACAUUCAAACAUACCCGGCUCAACAGGGAAUAGUGUCCCGCAUAACCGGCGCUACUGCAGUCGAAGCACUGGUAGCAGCUGUGUGGUACGAUUCCAUAAAGAAUUACAAAGAUGUACAUCAGCUCUUGCACAGGCUUAGUAUCGAUAGUGAACUCUUGAAGUCCAAAACACACACGUUUGAUUAG